AUGGAAGAGAACGCCGAGUCCACUUAUUCCGCGACUAAAGCGCACAUCAAGCUCAACACCAAGAAGCUCUACCAGGCAGACGGCUACGCGGUGAAGGAGCUCCUGAAGAUCACGUCGGUGCUGUACAACGCCAUGAAGACCAAAGGCAUCGACGCCGUCGACGCGGAGGAGGAAGACGCGGGGAAGUUCAAGUUUGACCUUGGCUCAAGGAUCAGCGAGCUGAAGGCAGCCCGGCAGCUGGCCUCCGAGAUCACUUCCAAAGGCGCAUCCCUCUACGACCUGCUGGGCAAAGAAGUGGAGCUGAGGGAAAUGAGAGCCGAAGCGAUUGCCAGACCGCUGGAGAUAAACGAGACGGAAAAGUUGAUGAGAGUCGCUAUCAAGGACAUCUUGGAUCAGGUCCAGAAUACCAAAGAACUGCUCAGCAACGUGGCGGCAGACGAAGCCAGUCUGGAAGCCAAGAUCGAAAAGAGGAAGGCGGAGCUGGAACGGAGCCGGAAGCGGCUGCAGACCCUCCAGAGCGUUCGCCCAGCCUUUAUGGAUGAAUAUGAAAAGAUUGAGGAGGAGCUGCAGAAGCAGUACAGCGGCUACUUGGAGAAGUUCCGGAACCUGGCCUACCUGGAGCAGCAGCUGGACGACCAGCACCGCAUGGAGCAGGAGAGAUUUGAGGAAGCAGAGAACACCUUGCGCCUGAUGCAGAACAAGCUGAAGGAGGAGGAGAAACGCCUGCUGAAGACUGGAAGUAACGAGGACUCGGACAUCGAGAUCCACGAGGACGACGGGUCCGACAGCGAAAUAGAAGACCGGCAGCUUAUAAAGCAGCACACGGCCAUGGAGAUGCUGAUGCAAGGGAGACCCAGCAAGCGGAUCGUGGGAACCAUGCGAGGCGGCGACACGGAGGAUGACGAGGAUUCCGAAGACAGCGAAAUCGAUUUGGACGAUGACGACGAAGACGACGAGGACCUGGAGGACAACAGCAUCGACAUGGCCCCCAACAAGUCCAGCCGGAGGGCCAGGCAGCCGGAGCCCCUGGAGGAGAGCGAUAACGAUUUCUGAGCCCCGGCCCCAGAUUUGACCGAACCCUGCCGUGUGCUCGUCACAAGUUUUAUACGUCUUGCACGGAAGCCUCCAUCUAGGACUCCCGUUUUCAGAGGAUCGGCAGGACUAUCCCACAAUCCUCGGUCGCCUGCAAUCCCGGCUGUCCUGCCACAAGCAUGUUUUUCACAAAUAAACGGCUUCCCCCCACCACCACCACCCCAAUCCGGUGUUUUUGUUUGUGAGUUCUGCCAGUUGCUGCCGGACCGGAGCC